CGACGGAUUCAGUCGUGCAACGAACGCCGCGGAGAUCGGAUGUGUUUUUCCCACGGGAGUUGGUCAAGUUCAACAGUGCGUGCCGGUACCAAACCGGUGAUAUCUAAACAAGUGCGUGCGUUUUCUGAAAGCAUCUCUCGGCUCUCGAGUUCCCAUGAAGUGCACCGUUGGAUACCGUUCCCGUCAUGCUGGAUGCCAUGGAAUCGCGCAUUACGUUUGAAGUGCCUAGCAGUUUGGAUUUCGACAAGCUGAUUCGUGAUAAUAAUUACACGCUGUUUUGGCAGAAUUUGCACAGUGAACCAAGUCGUGACCGGGACAGCAGCGCCCUAUCGCCAGUGGACCCGUCAGUGCAGGGCGACCGCAACUCGAGUGAUUUCAGUUUGAUGAGUAGUUUGCAACACUUUGCCGGUGCUCGGGGAGGGGCCGAUGGGUGGGGGCUGAGCUUUGGGGACGGGAUAAAUCAAAUCGAGGAGCCACUUGUGGAUCCCAGCCUGCUUUGGAUAGGAGCCGUGAUGGUGUUGCUGAUCCUGUCUGGGCUGUUUUGCGUGUGCUCGUGCUAUUUGUACUACAAAUACCGGAGAUGGCAGAAGUGUGUUUCGUCGGCCACAUGCCAAUCCCUUACGAGGAUGGACAUCGAGGCGCCACCCCCAUACGACAUUGAAACCCUACCGUCCUAUACGAUUGCUUCCGGUUUGCCCAGUUACGAGGACGCAGUGCGCCAUAUCGUGCGACAGCAGCAGCAGUCCCGAGCUGGGUACCAGCCAGCAACAGCAGCAGUGCAGAAGCCAAUGUCAACCGGCAGCUCCACUGCCAGCAUUCAUCCGCAAUCGGUGGUCAAAUUCUUCGAAUCCAGACCAGAAAAUUGGCUGAAUGUGACCAUUUUCGAGGAAAUCCAUUACAACUUCAUUGGGCGAGGGACAUCCGCUGCCGGGCCCGCUGUGACCGAAGGACACACCAAAGCAGACGAGGCCGCAUCCGAUUGCACACUGGUGGAUGACUCGAAAGGCACCAAGGACGACGAUGACGGCAGCGGCAGUGGUUUGUUCAGAGUUCAAAUUUGUAUGGUGAAUGAGAAUAAUAAAAUCCAAUCAUGCAAUCGAUGAGCAGAUGGGAACUGUGGAGUCUGUUUUUGCCUGUACAGACGGUGGCGAUUGACUGUGUUAUUUAUGAUUUAGUUCCGUGCUUAAGUUCAGAGAAGGAAGACUGUGUGCGCGUGUAUUUUCUUGUACAUAAUUUAUGAUUCGAGAGGAAGAAAUUCAGAUGUAUUUUAUCUACCUGGAAGGGUUCAUUUGGAGUUCGUGUGCCCCAAAAUAUAAUAUAAAUUUAUUCUCUCCUGAAGCUGAAGUGUGCGCGUGUGUAUUUGAUACCCAUGAAUUAUAGAGCAAGACUGACAAAUAAAUUAUAUUUUCUUCAUGUA